AUGAGUACAAUAGAUAUUAAUAAAAUUGAAAACGAGGAUGAAAAAACGUUGGAUAAAAAGCAAAUAGAGGCUGAGGAAAAAGAAGUCAUGCUAAAAACUGAAGCGGAUAAUGAGGAUGACGUAGAAUUGAGGCGUGACGGAGGGUUGGUCAAGACAGCAUUGUCGGGGGACAUUACGGAACAAGGACGCGAAGUCAAACCCAAGUUUAUACCUAUUGGCGCAAUUAAAAUGCCAGGAUUUUUCACUCGAAACUCAGACAGGGAAAAGUCCAAGGAAGAAGAAGCAAUUGAAAAGGACACAGAGACAGAAAAAUGUCAAGAUCAAAGGGAUGAAGAUAGUCAUCCAAAGAAUCACUUUAAAUUUUUACAAAGUUGCCCUUUUACAAGCUUUUUACAAAAAUCUCAUAAUGAUAGUGAAGGUAAUGCAGAAAAAAGCCGAAGUUUUGCUAUUUUCAACAGCUUGAAAUAUCCAAAAAUGUUUAACAAGCAAACUCGUAAAAAUGCUGAGGCUACAUUAGCAUCUAUGGAGACACUGGAAGAUAAACUUGAUACUACAAAUGAUGGAAUGGAGAAUAUCAAAUUAGAUGUGGCUGAACCUGAGGAUGGAAAAGUUGCUACAAAACUACCAUUAAAAGAGAGGAUUCGUCAGAAAAAAUUCAUAAUUGAUGACAUAGUGGUAUGCGUGGUAGUGUUUCUGGUAAUCCUAGCAGUGAUAAUUGGCGUCUCAAUCGGCGCUCAAGCAGGGCCACCCUCCGAACGUCCGCUCAGACUUGGCAAAUUUAUCACUACUCAAACUACUUGUGGCCUAGUGGAGGGCCUGUUGGACGAAGGUGUCUAUAAGUUUUACGGCAUUCCUUACGCUUCGCCACCGAUCGACGAGAGAAGAUUCACGUACGCGCAACCUCUCAACAACCUUUCCCUGUGCUGGAACGACACCCUGAGCGCUCUCCAGCCCACUCCCAAGUGUCUGCAGUUCCUCGAAAACGGGACGAUCAUCGGGGAGGAAGACUGCCUGACUCUGGACGUGGUGACGCCCCACGUAAGGUACGAUUCGCCUCUGCCCGUCGUGGUUCUGAUCGGCGCGAACACUCUGGCCGGAGGCGUCAGCCCCGCCCAGCCCUCCGCCCUCUACGCUCGCACCAAAGAGGUAGUCUUCGUUCGACCCAACUUCCGACUCGGACCUUUCGGCUUUUUAGCUCUCGAUAUCAUCUCCAAAUCUCGGUAUCCGGAAACCUCGGGCAACUACGCCCUCAGUGACCUCGUAGUGGCCCUGCAAUGGAUCAAAUACAACAUCAAGCAUUUCGGAGGAGACGCCGAAUCCGUGACGUUGUUGGGGCACCGCGCCGGGGCGACCCUCACCGCGGCCUUGACCACGAGCAAAAAGGCCCAAAAACUGUUCUCCCGGGUCUGGCUGUCGUCCGCCUCGGUGAUAUUCCCGGGCGAAGCGCUCGAGCUGUCGGAGAAAAAUAACGAACAGUUCAAACAGAUCAGUAAGUGCGACGACAUCGACUGCCUCAGAAACAUGUCUCCGGUACAAAUUUUGUCUUCCACUCCCGAUACGUGGCUCGGCAACGGCGUCGACACCUUGCCCUCGUCCGAGGAAGUCAAACGCUCCUGGCUGGUGUUGGACGGAGAUUUUUUGAGAACUCACGCCUACGAGAGCUGGGACGCCCAGAAGGAGGCCAAGAAGGACGGAAAGGAGAAAGUCUUCAAGCCGAUGGUGUUCGGGACGACCCAACACUCCGGCCACUCCGAACUGCUGAGGAUGAAGCACCUCGACUGGACGGCGGACGCCGUGGAGGCCGCGGUGAACGGGAGCUACAUCGGUGAAAAGAAUUUGACGGCCACCGUAUUCGAGCACUUCAACAAGACGUACGAGGGCCUGGUCGAGUUGAUAACUUCGAUACGCACCCUGUGUCCGUUGGUCAGUUUGGCGAGAAUGCGGCUCGCGGCGCCCAUGUACGUGGUCCUAGGAUCCGGGGCCGGCGGAGGAAUUAAAGGGUCGAGAAUCGCCGGAAUCGACGCCGACGUGGAAGCCAUUUUGGGCACUUUCGACUCCGAAGUGCCGGAGCAGCGUCGUUACAUGGCGGCCAUGCAGCAGCUGUUCUACUACUACGUGUGGCACGGUCGCUUAUCGGGCCCCGAGAGCGGCCUGAUCGCCGUGGGGCAAGACCUGCUGCCCCACCACGGCCUGCCCGCCUGCGACAUGCUCAUCCAGGAAGAUAUCGUCCCGAGGUACGCACAUAUCGACUGA